AUGCACAUAUCAAACAGAAAGCCAAAGUUCGGAAACGAUCUAAACCUACCUACUAUACAUAAUAAAUCUACUCCAAAAAGAAAUAUCAGUUCAGGAUAAACUAAUUUAAAAGCUCAAUUUUCGAAAUGCCAACAAUGUGGUGAUGUAUCAGUUCCAGUUUGUUGCGUCGAUUGCUAUAUUUUAUUGUGCAUAAAUUGUGGAAUAACUCAUUCUAAGCAAAAUUAAUCACAUAACAUAACUAAUUUUCGUGAAGCAUUCAGUUUACUAACAGAUGAAGUUAAAAUUUUAGAUGAUAAAAUUAAAAUUAUAAAUUAAACCAUUAAUAAAAAGAACAACAAUCUGAAGAAUUAGAUAAAUUGUUAGUUAUUUGAAGAAAACUUAUAAAAAAUAAUCUCUUUAAGAAGAUAAGUUGAAUAAUAAAUUUCAAAUUUUUUUGAUAAAAUUUACAAUUAGUAUAUUUACAUGUGGAAUAACUUUAUUGAAUUAUGGGGAUCAAACAAAACCUUCCUGGAUAGAUUGAAUUCUUUCUAAUUAAAGAUUUUAUUAUUUUUAUAGAAUGAGCUAUCAGAUCAGUUAUCAUUGGUAGAGUCACUCUUCAAAGAUAAAGUAAUAUAACAAUCCAAAACCUUGUUAAACUAAUACGAAAAAAGAGAAUAACUAUUGACGAAAGAUGAGGUUUCCAUUAUAUACCCUCCCAGAUUACUUAUAGAUUUGAAUUGCAUCACUAAAUAGCAUUUAUAAUUAUCCUAAAUGGUCUAGCUUAUUGAUUGGUAUGAAGAUGCCAAAGAAGAGCUAUACAAAAUAAGAGGAGUUGAAUAUUCAAGUCUACCUUUAAUCCCAGCAUUCGCUAAGGUUAUGUAUUUGUAUGACCCAGAAACACAGGAGUACUAAAUAGGAGAAUUUUAAGAUCUUAGACAUCAAUAAAUUCCUCAGUUUUUGAAAACUGUGUUUAUGAAUGAUGGAACUGCGUACAUUGUUGGUGGAGCUGAUUCGAAGGGAAGUCCAGUAAGGUCCAUGUUGAAAUGCAAAGAUGGGGAAUUAACAAAUCUAGCACCGUUGCCGAAAGCCAAGAAUCCAACAAAUGGAUUAAUAGUAUUUGAUAAAUACAUUUAUGUUAUCGGAGGUCUUUAAGUUGUGGAUGACAAACUAUAGUGGAGUAGAACGUGUUCAAAGUAUUGCACUUAGGAAAACAAAUGGUAUAAUGUGGAGUCUAUGAAUUAUCCGAAGCCCAAUCAAACCAUCUUUCGGAUUAAUCAUUUUAUUUAUGCUUUUGGAUUUCAAUAACACGAAUUUAUUAACUUUGAAAAGUAUGAUAUAGUUGAAGAGAAGUGGAGUCUGAUUACUUUAUCAUCAACUUCCUUAAAUCCAUUUUUAUUUGGAGGCGGAUAUGCUUCGAUUUAAAUAAAUGAAUUUUAAGCUCUGUUAUUUGGAGGAAAACAAUGGAGCAGAAAAUUCAUUGAUGAUGAAAAAGAAUUCUAUUUUGAUGAUGAAAUUAUUAAAACUGUUUUUUGUUAUGAUUCUAAUUAAAACUCAUUUAUUAGUUUAGGUGAUUGCUUACCUGGAACAGGAGUGUCAUAUGGUGAAUUCUAACCUAUUUGUUAUAAAGACAAAAUCAUACAUUUUGAAGCACCCAUUUCAAAAUAGAGAAAAAUAAGUUAGUUGCUAUAAAUGAUUAAUGUGGUUUAAUUUUAAUUUGUAAAUCAAGUCUUAGAAUGUGAAAUUGUAUAAAUUUUAACUCCAGAUUGA